UGUCGGCUGCUGAAACUCACUGGUCGAGUGGAGUGGAGGCGAGCGGUAGCCGAGCGGCCCCGGGUCAGAGUUGCAACGUCAGUCUCAGCAGUUCAGUUCUGUGAGCUAACAGAAGAGUGUCAAGUCGAGGCGGUGUAGCACGUGCGUGGUCCGUGGAGUUUGGGCCUGUGGUCUCUGUCCGUAUACCGUGAGUGGAGGUUCUGCUGGUUGCCGUUCUGAAGUGCUUUUGCUCAUACCCGGAGGAAAUAACUUCUCUUCUGGUCGCCUUCCUCUUAGCAAGUUACAAUGAAGUGGACAAUCCUCAUCGCUCUUGUUUACGGUGUUGCUUUGGUCAUGUCCGACGAUGAUGGCCUUGAUUUGGACCUACCACAAGUGGAAUCCAAGUUUCCUAGCAUACCAGGUUUGGAAAAUCUGCCCAUCAAUAAGUCUGCAUUACCGAACCCAGAGGAAGUAGAACGUGUACUCAGAGAAAAAUGUGAGAAAAAUGGUGGAGAAGAAGCUUAUUUGAACGCCAAGGAUGCAGGCUCCAAUGCUGAGAAGUGUGUUCGUUCUCUUAUUAAUGUUACCGAGCUUACCGCUGAAAUGGAAGAAGCCAAGCCAACAGGAGACCUAGAUGAAGUAUUCAGAAAAUAUUGCGCUAAGUCCCCUCUUUUCAAAGACUGUGUGAUGGAGUUUGUCAACUCAACAAAUCAAUGUUUAUCAGAAAAGGAGCGAGACUCGAAAAAGCUCGUUCAAAAUGUUACAGAGCAGCUCUUAGGGUUUGUGUGCUUCAAACAAGGCGACCGCAUUGCUUUGUUUAUUGCUGAAAGUGGUCCUGAAUGCAUCUCUGACAAAAAAGAAGCAAUAGUUCAUUGUAUUAAUGCUACUUUUGGGAAACACCUUCCUUCUGGAACUCCCAAUAUUUAUGACCUACCUCAACUUAUUGUGGGUGCAGAGGAAUGCAAAGAUGUCUGUGCCCUACAAAGAUGUGUUGUUCGCGAAUUGGAAAAAUGUAAGGAGCCUACACCUGCAAACAUUGUGCAAUCGAUGUUUGAUUAUAUCCUAAAGGUGACUCCUUGCACUGGCUGUAAAGCUGAACGCUUGCAACUAGCCAGUGGAAGCAGCAGAUAUAAUUAUGAUCUCAUAAGCCUUGCUUUAAGCAUGCUCUUUGUUGUAAUUAAUUUACAUUGAUUUUAAUUAUUAUUAAUGCAUUUCAUUCUAAAUGUUUCUUUUUUAAAUUAUAAAUUUAUUUUUUGCUCUUCUAAAGAGCAAUUACUGCAAUCAAAUUUCCUAGAUCAAACGGAAGAGAUUAACAGGGUAAUAAGCAAUGUCACGCAAUGUUCUGCUUCAAUGGCAUUGCUUUUGUAUAUUUGUCUUAGUUGUGUACAAUGAUGUGAAGCAAUAUAAUAGUGUGUAAGUAUUUACUAAGCUGCCUUUCCUAUGUAGAUAUUUUUUCCAAUGUGUAGGACUUUUGUAUUGACUGAAGCAUAUCAAAUGGAAGGCUCUUUCAACACUCAUAAACAUCUAGCAAUAAUACUGUGACGUGAUAGUUAUACACUGAUAAGGUUUCUAACGAAUAAGAAGACAAAAGUGUAUAGCAUCUGCUACUAGACUACCACAAACCCUUGACGAUUUAGAAACUGCCUGUCUUGUGGCAGGCUUGUUGGCUGGAUUGUGUUUGAGUCCUAUAAGUAAUCGGUGAAGCCAAAUAGCUCAACACAAAGGCACUCCUUGAUUGUCCGAGCCUAUGUGAUGGUCCAGGAGCAGAUGAUGUUCCUCUAUCUUUCCCAUUCUUAUUUGUAAAAUUUAAUGGGCAGCUAUAUCUUCUUGUUCCCGUCCUAUGUACGCCUAGCUGUCAUAUUCAAUGGGAUGGUAUGUCUAGAGAACUUCUUGUUAUUUUAUGUGUAGAGUUUUGCAUUACCUCUAGGAUUUCACCUCGUAGGCUAUGACCAAAUCUUAGUCAUACCCGCUCACAUGUUCAUGAAUUGUAAAUUUGUCUUACUCUCAAUAGUCCACUGUGUUAAUCAGGGUUCUUUGUCAUUUGUUGAAAAAUUUCUCCUAAAUUGUAUGUGUUUAUCUACUGGGACAUGCCACAGGACAAUGGAGCUUUUUAUCUUUUAUUUUGUAAUGACUUUUUGCACAUUGCCAAGUUUGUUUGCAUAUUUAGUACAAAAUAGUGUACAAGAAGUGAGACUUAACUGAUAAGACUUUGUACCUAAUUGUUUUUGUACAUCAAUGAAUUAGUUUUAGUUAUCGAAUUGUGUGUUGUACACAUCUGCCUAGCUGCUCUCAGACACCCACAGCAAUUUAGCAAUUUCUAUCAGUUUUUGUUAACCGACUGAGCACUGAGUUUGUUUAGAUAGCUCUGUACCAUUCGGAUAUAUUUGUUGCAUUGUACAAAUCAUGCAGGUUCUGUUAAUAAUUGGUGGAAAUGGAAUGAAUGAAAUGAAGGAAGGAAUGAAUGAAUGAAACAAUAUUAUGUAUCCAACCAUGACGACGGAAGUGGAGCUUUUAUCAAAUAAAUUAUAUUUUCAUCUUCAAA